AUGUUGGUAUCAGAGACACUCUCUCCAUGUCUCUGGUUGGUAUACAGAAAUGUACACAAGCUUUCUUCAAAUAAAAUUAUUAGAUAUUUAAGUUAAAAGAAAUAACAAACAAGAUGCCCCCUCGCUUAAAACACAUCGAGGUUGAAAACUUCAAAUCGUAUCGAGGCCGACGCGUUAUCGGACCCCUUCAACCUUUCAACGCCGUCAUCGGCCCCAAUGGCUCAGGCAAAUCAAAUUUUAUGGACGCCAUCAGUUUCGUUAUGGGGGAACGCACACAGAGCCUCCGCGUGAGACGACUGGGCGACUUAAUUCACGGGGCGGCGAUUAACCGGCCGGUUUCACGAAGCGCGUCGGUUACUGCAGUUUUCAUUUUGGACGAGGACGAAGGUAAAGAGAUCAGUUUUCAGCGUUCGGUCCAAGGAUCUUCCUCCGAGUAUCGUAUUAACAACAACGUCGUCUCGAACCAAGAGUACCUCGGCGAGCUUGAAAAGUUACGCAUAAACGUUAAGGCGAAAAACUUCCUGGUGUUUCAAGGCGCUGUCGAGUCGGUCGCGAUGAAAAAUCCCAAGGAAAUGACCGCACUGUUCGAGGAGAUCAGCGGUUCGGGGGCGUUGCGCGAGGAGUAUGAACGGCUCAAGGUGCAGAUGCAAAAGGCGCAGGAGGAUAUUAACUUCGCCUAUCAGAAGAAGAAAGGUAUUAAUGCCGAGCGUAAAGAGGCACGGUUGGAGAAGGAGGAGGCUGAUAAGUACGCACGAUUGAAGGAGGAUCUCAACGACAAGCUCGUCGAGCAUCAGCUGUUUCGGUUGUUUCACAACGAGCGCGAGAUGAAAAAUCUAGAGGGCGAUCUCAAAUCGAAACACAGGGAGGUGGACAAGAUCGAACGAAAGAAGGAGAAAGCCGAGGAGGUGCUCAAGGAGAAGAAAAAGGAACAGGGGAAGCACAGCCGCGAGCUGGCCAAGAUAGAGCAGGACAUUCGCGAAGUGGAAGUGGAGAUAUCAAAGAAGCGGCCGCAGUUUAUUAAGGCGAAGGAGCGGGUAUCUCACAUGCAGAAGAAGCUCGAUGGGGCCGUUAAGACGCUCGAGCAGGCACGUAAGGCGAACGAGGCUCAUAAUAACGACAUAAGCAAACUCGAGGAGGAGUUGGCGGAGGUUGAACGUUCGAAGGACGAAUACGAGGUGACCAUCGCCGGCGAGUCGCAGAGUCAGGGACGUGACGUUCACCUCGAGGACGAGCAGGUGCGCGAGUAUCAUCACUUAAAGGAGGAGGCGGCGAAAAGGUCUGCGAGGUAUAUGCAGGAUUUGGAUUCGGUGAACAGAGAGCAAAAAUCCGAUCAGGAUCGGUUGGAUAACGUUUAUCGCUUGCGAACCGAGUCGGAAAAUAAGCACCAACAGAAGGGGCAUGAAAAGGAGGAAAUGGAGAAGCGCAUUGAGAAAUUAGCGGAGCAUAUUCGCACAAGUGAACAAGCGUUGCUGGAACAGCAGCGCCUGCGGGAAGAUCUGCAAUCCGACGUCGGUUCCUCAAAGUAUCGCGUGCAGGAGGUACAGAAGCAACUCGACGACGUACUCGAGCAGUUGGGGGACGCCCGUACGGAUAAGCACGAGGACGCGCGCCGUAAAAAGAAGCAGGAGAUCGUCGAGCGUUUCAAGAGUAAUUAUCCCGGAGUGUACGACAGAAUGAUAAACAUGUGCCAACCGUCUCACAAACGUUACAAUGUGGCGAUUACCAAAGUGUUGGGUAAGUACAUGGAGGCGAUCGUCGUCGAUACCGAACAUACUGGGCGUCAGUGCAUCAAGUAUUUAAAAGAGCAAAUGCUCGAGCCCGAAACGUUUCUACCGUUAGAUUAUUUACAAGCUAAACCGUUAAAAGAUCGAUUGCGGAAUAUAACAGAGCCAAAAGGCGUCAAGCUUUUAUAUGAUGUACUUUACUUUGAGCCCCAAGCGAUAUCUCGAGCGGUUAUGUUCGCGACCAAUAACGCUUUGGUAUGCGAAACUCCCGAAGACGCCAUGAAAGUUGCAUACGAGCUCGGCGGUCGCUACGAUGCCGUCGCGUUAGAUGGGACGUUUUAUCAGAAAUCGGGUAUUAUUUCUGGCGGUAGUUUAGAUCUGGCAAGGAAGGCUAAACGUUGGGACGAGAAGCACAUGUCACAACUGAAAGCUCAAAAGGAGAAACUCACCGAGGAGUUACGUGAGGCGAUGAAGAAGUCGCGGAAGGAGUCCGAGUUAAAUACGGUCGACUCGCAAAUACGCGGGCUGGAGACGAGAUUACGUUACGCUAAGACGGACAUGGAAAGCACUACAAAGCAAAUUAAGGUCGUCGAUGCCGAGUUGAGUCGCCUUUCAAAAGAGAUGAAUGAAUUUGGUCCGAACAUUACCGAAAUAGAACGAAGCAUGCAGACUCGCGAACAGCAAAUCGAGGAGAUCAAGCUGAAGAUGAACAGCGUCGAGGACGUCGUGUUUUCGCAGUUCUGCCAAGAGAUCGGCGUCCGCAAUAUUCGCCAGUACGAGGACCGAGAGCUUCGCGCGCAGGAGGAGCGGAAGCAGAAGCGUCUCGAGUUUCAGAAGCAGAUCAAUCGCAUCUCGAGCAAUUUGGAGUUCGAGCGCAGCCGCGACACGCAGAGCAACGUGAGCCGAUGGGAGAGGACCGUCAAUGACGAGGAGGAGAAGCUCGAGUCGUGCAAGAAGCAGGAGGUGAAGCAGCGCGAGGAGAUCGACAAGGAUUUGCGUCAGGUGGAGCAGCUGAAGGCGGAACGGCUGACGAAGAAGAAGGAGUGCGACGCCAUGGAGGACGAGGUCGGAAAGACGCGUCGCGAGGUGGGGGCGAUCGCCAAAGAUAUACAGGGCGCACAAAAGCAGGUCGUCUCACUCGAAGGAAAGAUUGAGAGCAAGAAAAACGAGAGGCACAAUAUUUUAAUGCAGUGCAAGAUGGAUGAUGUUGCAAUUCCCAUGAUUGCGGGCAAUAUGGAGGAUAUCGUUCAGCAAGAUCCUUCGCAAUCCUCCUCCUCCACCGAGACUAACAGCACCAGUCAACAAUUCGAAAGGGAAGCAAGAAUCCAAAUCGAUUAUAAUCUACUGUCUGACAACUUAAAAGACCUAGAAGAAAAAGACGAAAUUAAGAAAAUGGCGGACAAACUAAACAACUCGAUUAAAAGCUUACAGGAUACCUUAACGAAAAUACAAGCUCCUAACAUGAGGGCCCUACAAAAACUGGAGCAAGCUCAAGGUAAGCUGCAGUCGACAAACGAAGAAUUCGAGUCGCUACGUAAGCAGAACAAGAAAGCGAAGCAAGCGUUCGAGCGUAUCAAGCAACAGCGAUACGAUCUGUUUACAAAGUGCUUCGAUCACGUAUCCAACGACAUCGACGCCAUCUACAAAUCCUUGGCGCAAAACAACUCGGCGCAGGCGUUCUUGGGCGCCGAAAAUCCGGAGGAGCCUUACCUGGACGGUAUCAACUACAACUGCGUCGCGCCGGGCAAACGUUUUCAGCCGAUGUCGAAUCUGUCGGGCGGGGAAAAGACAGUGGCGGCGCUGGCGCUACUUUUCGCCAUUCACAGCUACCAACCUGCGCCGUUUUUCGUACUGGACGAGGUCGACGCCGCCCUCGAUAAUACAAACAUCGGUAAAGUCGCCAAGUAUAUCAGGGAGAAGACCGAAUCCUUGCAGACUAUAGUGAUAUCGCUUAAGGAGGAGUUUUACUCGCACGCCGAUGCUUUGAUCGGAAUCUGCCCAACUCCAGCGGAAUGUCUCGUUAGCCAGGUUCUAACUGUGGAUUUAACUAAGUAUCCCCACUAAGGCCAGCCGUAUAGUAUGACAUCUAUUAGAUUUUAGGAAAACUAUUUGUAUUCUGUUAAGAGAUUUUGUGUUCUUUUGUUCCUUCAAUUAAAUUUAUACUUUCACUUUGUCA